UAAACAACAACAAACAGAGGCGGCGGAGGGCGCCGUGGGGGGAGGAGGAGGAGGAGCAAUGGCGAAAUGGAAGUUAAUGCUCAAUGGGAGUCCUCAAACUUGAACCACCUCGACCCAUCUUGUUUGGCGACCCAGUUUGACGCUGCGUAAACCUAACAUGGAUUCCCAGCCCUGAUUCAAAAUUACCGUCCGUCGAGCCGAGGCCCAGAUCACGCCGUUCGCUCCGAAACCGACAGAAAUCGACGACAAUGUCUUUCAAGGAGCUGAAACCCGGGGAGAAGCCGAGGCACCACGAAGAUCAUGGCAAGAAACAGAGUUCAAGUUUGAUCAAUGGGAUGGAGCACAGCCACGCAGGAGGGAGUUCAGCAGAGAGAAAAAGUCACCAUUGGCGAAGUUAUAAGUUGAUUAUUGACCCAGCGUUGAAGAAGGGACAACACAAACUCUACCGCUACGAUGGCCAACAUUUAAGUCUCCCUAAUUCCGGUGUUCCACCGGUUGAUACUGUCAGAGACCCCCGACUUGGACGCAUGUGGACCAAAAGCAAAGAGCUGGAUUUACCUGUUCCAAAAUUUAAGAUCGACGAGCAUUACGUGGGACCCGUACCUCCAAAGCAGGUAACAUUUGCCAAGCUGAACGACAACAUACGAGAGGGGUUUCUUUUGGACAUGUGCAAGAAGUAUGGCGAGGUUGAAGAAGUGGAAAUUCUUUACAACCCUAAGAACAAGAAGCACCUAGGGAUCGCGAAGGUGGUGUUCGCCACAGUGAAGGGAGCCAAGGAUACAGUGCAGCACCUUCACAACACUUCCGUUAUGGGAAACAUCAUCCAUGUCCAACUCGAUACCAAAGGUGAACAUCGGAUGAGAUACUACGAGCUACUGGUCAGUGGUUACUUUACCCCCCAGACUCUUCCUGUCGGUACCGAUGCUUAUUUGGACGCCUCUCCUAUAAUAAAUAGUGAAUUUGGACAGGUUAAUGAUCCACAGAAAUCUCGAACUGGUGAAAAUUACCUAUCCAUGGGACCAUCUGUAACCCCAAAUAGUAGUACCCCAUUUUCCCAUGACACUGCUUAUUCUAGUUGUCGUCAGGAUACACCAAAUUCAUACAGCCAAUAUACGCCACAAUCCUCCCAAGGCACACCACAUACACCAAGGUUGGGAACCCCCUAUUCGCAAGAUUCCAGCUAUUCCAGUCGACAGAGUACACCAGCUUAUUCUUAUUCACAAGAAUCUGGGUACAAAUCCAGAAGACCUGAAUCUAAUUAUCAAGAUUCCUUCAGGAGAGUGGGUCACCAUUAUUCGCACAACACAGGAUCUUACAGAGGUACAGAACUACCAGUUAACACCUACAAGUCAACUCGUUCAGAGGGUGGGUCAUAUUCACAUAACACUGCAGUAAACCAGUCUGGGAUAAACUACCAGUCAGCCUUUUCUCCGUACCAAAAUGUGCAUUCUGCCCAACCACUGUAUUCCCGUCCACUGGAGCAACAACACAGUCAGACAUCUAGGGACCAUGAUUACAGAAGACCUGUGCCACCGUCUGAAACCUUUGGGCAUAAUAAUGCCAGUUUGGAUGUUGCUCCUGUGAAGGAGAAGGCAGAAGAUCCAGUUUCUCUGGAGAGUAACAUCUCAAAUGAUAAAACAGCUGUUUCAUUCAGCAAAUCUCCUGAAAGGGCUGAGACUCCUGAAACUCUCAUGUCUGAAACACCGAGUAGCUCAACACAACCCAACAGUUUAGAUUCUCGUAUUGAAAUGCUUUUGAAGGAGCAGAGGACAAAGCUUCCUUUCUUUGACCAAGAAUCUGAUGUUGACAUUAAAUUGGAGCACAGUCCCAUAUCCUCCUCUUCCUCUCAGCUUUCUCCAUUACCACUUCCUGGGUCAACUACUCACUUGCUUCAGCGAGGUCCUACUCCAUCAUCGCGUCCUUCUAGCACGGGCCUAGAAGAUGUUAGUCCAACUCCUCUACCGGAUUCAGAUGACGACGAUCCUCCUUCUGAAACUGUUCAACAAAAUCAAAGCUCAAGAUCGGCAUCAGAGGCUAGCAUGACACCUGUUGAUCAGUCUAGUCAGAUGAGCAGAUUUUCCACAUCUUCAGAUGGUAGGACUCCUGCAUCUAAAGCAGAGAGCUGUGAGGCAAACAAAGAAGCUGCUGAACCGACACCACCACCUGAUGCACUGGAAGAAAGCCAACAGUCAUCAGGGGAAGACAUGGAGAUAUCAGAUGAUGAAGCAAAUACAAGCCCAAUAACCAGCGCAGAAUGUUCGGAAACUAUUGUGGUCAGCUCUUCUGCUUCUGCAAUACCCAUACCACCACCAGGAUUCCAUCCACUACCCCCACCACCUCAAACUGGAUUUCCAUUGCCACCACCUCUUCCUCCCCCUCCACCACCACCUCCAACUCAUCCGACUGUUGCUGUUCCCCCUCCUCCACUUCCUGCGCGACCAGACCUGUGCCCUCCUGGAGUGCCACCUCCACCCCCUCCGCCACCACCUCCACCCCCACCACCACCACCACCCCCUCCCAUGCUCCCUCACCUUCAUCCAUUCCCUCCCAACAUGUAUCCACUGAUGUCUAUGGACCUAAUGAACUGCAUAGGCAACCAUUGGGGAAGCAUGCAGAUGUCGUUUCAGAUGCAGACUCAGAUGUUGAGCCGUAUGAUGCAAGGUCAAGGGCCAUCUCCUUACCCACCUUUCAUAGCUGGUGGAAUGAACUUGCAGUUUGGAAAUAUGCAGCCAUACCGCCCAUAUCUUAUAAAUUCAAGCCUAGCUCAUGGUCAGCAAUGGACUCCAUUGCCAAAGUUUGAUCCCACUGUCCCACCUCCUGGGUAUGAAGUAAAGAAAGAGGAUCCUCACAAAGCCACCAUUGAUGGAGUCCUUUUGGUGGUAAUGAAGGAACUUAAAAGCAUAAUGAAGCGAGACUUGAAUCGCAAAAUGGUUGAAAUGGUGGCAUUUAGGACGUUUGAUGAAUGGUGGGAGAGGAAAGAACGUAAAGCAAAGGCUUCACAGACGCCAAUAAAGUCUGCAGAUCAGACUAAAGAUGAGGAGAGACCAAAGCCUAAAGAAUCAGCACCAGCUUCAACAUGUCUGUUGGAGCACUGGCCCAAAGGAGAAGGACUUGGUUAUGAAGGCAUGGGACUGGGCAUGGGACUGAGGGGUGCAAUCCGAUUACCGUCCUUUAAGGUAAAGAGGAAAGAGCCACCUGAUGCUGCCUCCUCGGGUGAUCAGAAGAGAAUUAGACCAUCUACUCCACUAGAUGAUGAUGAUGAAGAGUCUGAGCGUGACCGAGACAUGUCAGAUGUAGCCAGUCAUUCUUCUGAAUUAUCUAAGAGAGACUUGGAAUCAGUCACUGAGAGGCGAAAACCAGCAAAACCUUUAAAACUAGACAGUGAAGGAGAGGAGGAAGAGGAAACUUCUGGGAAAGAGGAAGAAGAAUCAUCAUCAGAGAAGGAGGAUGAGGAGGAACAGGAUGAAGAAGAGGUUUCUGAAAAGGCUUCAUCAGAAAAGGAGGAAGAUGUUGAAGAUGAUGAAGCAGAUGUUGAGACCAGUGAAAAAGAGGGCCUGGAUUCUGAAGAAGAUGAAGUGAUCAGUGUUGCUUCAUCCAAAGUAGAAGGGGAAUAUUCAGAAGACAGCGAUGAAUCUUCAGAAUAUGAAUCUAGCUCUGAAGAUGAAGAGGAAGAGGAGGAGGAGGAAGAAGAGAAAGAAAAACUGCCACUAUUACAAGGGACUGAAGUACAGGUGGAAGAAGCAGCCGGAGAAGUGGAAGAGGUAGUCGAUGCCCCAAAUGAUGUUACCUUAGAAACUCCAGCAGAAACUGAAUCAAGAUUAUUACCUGUUUCAUCGCCAGAAGGAGUUCCAGCAGUGGAGCCUGAGACAGACAUUGAAUUGGAACCUGAAAUAUCUGAGUCUCAAAAGGCAAACCUCGCUGAGGAUGUUCGAACGCACAGGCCACCCACGCCAACAGGAGCCUUUGCUGCUCUUUCUGUUAUUAAAGGUAGUGUUCUGAACAAGUCUGAUGACAGUGACUCCGAGAUGCGUAAUAAAAUGAAGUUCACCUCACCAUCAGCAGAUGAGGAUGAUGGUCUUCCACGCACGCCUGGCAGAGAAAUCUCAAUCCAUUCUGACUCUGACACUUCCAUGUCAUCCCUUGUCAAACCAUCUGUCUCCAUACCAGCGAUCCCUCCAACACCUGGAAGACAGGAGGUCCCUGUGGUCAUCAGAUCACCCGUUCCUGAACAUCCAGUUUUAGUGAAAACAGCAUCUGAAGAUGGUCCACCAAGAACUCCUGGGCGUGAUUUUGUGGCCGAUUCUGCAAAAAGUUUAACAACGUCUCUGAGCACUGAGACCGUUCCACCGACACCAGGAAGUGAAGGACCAUUGACAGGAAACAGCUUGAUUCUGAGCUCACCUCACAUUCCUGGUAGUCCUUUUACAUACCCAUCUCAGUCUCCUGGAGUAAACUCUGGAGUUCCUCGCACUCCAGGCAGAGACUUUAAUUUUUCUGCAGCUUUCCCUGAAGCAAAUACUGCUGUAUCUCCAUUAUUGGCAUCCAAAAAGCCUUCAUUGGAUGGAGAAAAAGAAAAUCUAAUUUCUUCUAGUACAUCCCCAUUGCUGGGUGUGAAUAGUUUGCUACCCCCUUCCCUUCCUGUCACUUUCAUUACACCGCCUAAUUUCCCACUGGACCUUGGAUUAUUGUCUGAUUCCUCAUUGAGUUCAUCUAUAAAACCCACAAUUGUGCCAAAUAACAGGGAAAAAUUGGAAGACGAAAACAAACCAGAAACUGAGAUAGCAUUAAUUUUGUCAGAACCAGUACCUUCUUUACCUCUCAGCAGUGUUCCAAACCAAAAGAUUCCACAUCACAAGAUCAGCUAUGCAAAGGAAAAGCCAGUGUCUCAGCCACCAGUCCCUAGUCUUGAUUCCCAAUUGAUAGAGGAAUCAAAGAUUAAAGUUGGUAGUAAGCUACAGUCUCCCCUACAGGCCAGCAUAAUUCAAGCUGAUAAUAAAGAUCUCUAUAAUAAGUGGAGUGAUGAUCAGUUUGGUGUGAAAGACCCAGCAGCUGUUAUGUUAGACUUUAGGGAAGAUGUCUACUUACAAAAGGUUAAACCUUCUGCAGAGGAAAGUGCCAUGAUUAACACUGAUACAUUUUGGGACUGUAGAAGCAAAAAACUAAAAGAAUCUGAUAGGUUGGCUUUGAAAGAACUGCAGAUAAAGGUCAAAAUUGAAGAUGAGGAAGAUGAUGAUGAAGAAUAUGAAGAUGAUGAAGAUGAUAAGCAAGAAAAAGCUAAACUUAGGGAACGAUGGACUCGGAGGCAUAGGAGAAAACAUGAGGAUGCUUGGUAUGAUGAUAUUCUAUCAGCUGAAUCUUCACCACCUAGGUCACUAUUUAAACCCCGUUCAGAAUUUGAGGAGAUGACCAUUUUGUAUGACAUAUGGAAUGAAGGAAUGGAUGAGGAAGAUAUUAAAUUUAUGAAGAUUACCUAUGACCGAAUGCUUCUGCAGGAUAAUUGCAUGGACUGUCUGAAUGACACACUGUGGGUUCACCAUCCUCAUACUUAUAGUUCCACUAUUAAGAAAAAGAAAAAAGAAGACGGAAUAAGGGAGCAUGUCACAGGCUGUGCCCGCAGUGAAGGCUAUUACAAAAUCAGUAACAAGGACAAAGCGAAAUACCUCAACAUCAGUGGCACAUUAGCCGAUGAGCCACCGACUGACACACAAGGAAUGAGUAUUCCAGCACAACCACAUGCUUCCAGUCGAGCAGGCUCAGAAAGGCGGUCAGAGCAGCGCAGACUCCUCUCGUCCUUUAUGGGUGGCUUACCUGCAGAUAGUGAUCUCCUUAAAUUUAAUCAACUGAAGUUCCGUAGGAAGAAGCUGAGAUUUGCCAAGAGUCAUAUCCAUGAAUGGGGGCUUUUUGCCAUGGAACCUAUUGCAGCAGAUGAAAUGGUCAUUGAAUAUGUUGGACAAAACAUCAGACAGGUUAUUGCAGACAUGCGAGAAAAGCGAUAUGAAGAUGAGGGGAUUGGAAGUAGCUACAUGUUCAGGGUAGACCACGAUUCCAUUAUCGAUGCCACAAAGUGUGGCAAUUUUGCCAGAUUUAUCAACCAUAGCUGCAAUCCUAAUUGUUACGCUAAAGUUAUCACGGUGGAGUCACAAAAGAAGAUAGUGAUUUACUCCAAACAGCAAAUAAAUGUGAACGAGGAGAUUACAUAUGACUACAAAUUCCCCAUUGAAGAUGUGAAAAUUCCAUGUCUGUGUGGUGCAGAACACUGUAGAGGAACCCUCAAUUAAAAGGGCCUGGUGUAAGAUGCUCCAUUUGAGAGCAGUAACCUAGAUGUGGUUGCACUUGCCAAACCAACAAUUCGCACUUCUGCUGAACCUAAAGCUAAAACGCACAUAAGUGUUGGGACUGCAUUUAGGAUUCAGGUGCUCUUCCUCUGGAAAGAAAGGUGUUUACCACUUUGUGUCACAGUAAACUAGUCCAGUACUAGUUCUUCCUCCCAGGUUCCAUGCAGUGGAGCAGGGUCCCCACUCUUCUUUCUGCCUAAGUGAAUGCUGCUACCUUUUCUUUUGUGUUCUUUUAUACAAUAAGGAAAAAGAAAAUGCAAAGAAAUGAUCAUUUAAUACUUGAGAAGGUUUAUGGUCAGAAUAUAUUUCUACGCAAGUAAAUAAAGUAGUUGAUGGGAAUUUAUGGCCUCAGCAUUAGCAUCUUGUGUAUCUAGUCUAAGUUUGGUGCUUUUUUAAUGCUUUAUUUCCGUCAUUUUCCUUUUACAUAUUUUUAAUUAUAACAAUGUUUUGCAAAUUGUAGAUAUGCUGGCUUAGCAAAUUUUUAUUUUUGUGCUAAUGCACUAGGGUUUGGCCUAUGGAGGCUUUGUGCACUAUUCGCUUACAGACUUGCACGUGACUAUUGGUAAUCACCUUCUCUGUAUAAAGUUCCAGGGUUUUUUGUGCUCUAGUGGUUAUCCAUAGCCAGGAGAGCUCUCUUCCUGUUGUUUAUAUUGUACAAAAUAAUUUCUACCUACAGGAAAAAAAACAAAAAAACUUUCUAACCUCUGACAGAAUUUUCACAACAAAUUUCAUUUAUAAUUUUUUGUGAAGUUUUCAGGGAUCAUUUCAAACAUGUAAACAUUUAAAAAAGGAUUUUUGAGCUCAAUUUUCAUCGUGUACAUAGCGCACCUGGGUUUCUCCUCUCUGAACAUUGUUUCUUGUAGAAACAUAUCCUUUCAAAUAAAAAGAAUUUUGCUGGUUCCUUUGUACUUCAAAAGCUUGUAAAUAAUUUAUUAAGAAAGUGAAUAUUGUAAUUUGGGUUGUUGAAAUACAACUCUAACUAGAGGAGGCAAAUUUAAAAAAAAUGUUUAACAAUGAGCUGGUAGCAAUUUUUUCAGCUUGUGUCAAGCUUUGUAUCAUGUAAAUUCUGUAUAAAUAUUACCUCUAUCAAUUACUUAGAUUUAUUGGAAGCAUUAAGGAAUACAGUAAAAAUGUUAAAAGGUCAGACUUUUUCAUCUCUGAUACCUACUGUGCAAAUUGUAUUUAUUUGGAGGAAGAAAGGAGUGUACAGAAAUUAGAAAAUAUGGCAUCCCUUGUAUGUGUGUUAGCCAAGCAUAAACUGGAUAUCAAAGUUUUUUUUCCUCCUUAAUAUCCACUGUAAUUUUUUUUUCUCAAAAACACUGUAAGGGACACUCGGUACCUAAUAAAGGGUUAUUAUUUUAAAACUA